UGGAUAAAAUCGAAAAUAAUUGAGCUUUAAAUUAGGACAAGUUUCAAUUACAAACAUAUUAAAUAUUGAAAAUAAAUAAUAUUCCAUGCAAUCAAAUUUUAAUAAGCACUUCCACUUAAAAAACCGCUAGUAUUUAGCCUGAAAAAAAACUAAAAUGGCAGCACUUCCGAUAACCUGGCCGAUAACAACGCUCAACAGCUGUUUAAGCGUAAAAAUGAGUGCCGCAAUAUUACGAAGCUGUAAAUUGUUAAUUUCAAGGCCCAGCACAGCUGCCGCGCUCCACAGAAGCCUCCAAACAAGUUCCCUGCGAUGCAAGUGGCGGACUACGGCACCGGCCCCUGAUGUGGAAAGAAAACUUCUGCUGAAUGACCAGCUGCCGGAUACGUAUAGAUUGAUUUACCGUGCCCCCAUAGAGAGUUAUGUGAGCUGGACAAAGAACGUGUCCACGGCGACGGUAUCGAUGCUUGGCCUGGCGGCUGCCUAUCAUUUUAGCACGAACAUGAAUUUGGAGGGCAUCACCCAAAAGAUGAACAUUUCCAUGCUGGUGUCUCAUGAAUCCGAUUUGUAUUACUUCUUGGCAGGAUUUGUGCUAAUCAAUCUGGCGAUUCGCACAUUUGUGGCCAAAUAUCCCCUCAGGAUUUAUAAGAGUGCCGAUAAAUAUGUGGCUGUGUAUGGAUCGCAGCUUCCGCUGGGAACUGUGAAGCAUUUUUUCGAUAGGGGACAAAUUGCUGAAUACAGGAACGUACUGAAUCCUUGGAGCCACAUCAUGUACAGGUUGGGCAACCGCUCGUCCAUGCUGCUGAUCGACUACUUUAAGACACCUUCCGAGUUUCACCAGCUGUUUGAGGAAAAGUGAAAAUGUUUUUGAGUUAUAAACUGUUUAGAAAUGUUGAUUAUAUUUAUAUAUAUAGCCUCGAA